AACCACAUAGUUGGAGGAACUGGAAAUAGCAGUUUCGAAGAUUCUCGAAGUGUGGUAGAAGUAGGUAAAACCAAAGGCAAGAUCCAUUUCUGACCUGAAACCCACUUCCUUCUUCGUCUUCUCAUCAUAUAGCGAAAACAAUUUCGAUCAAAGAAGAGCAAUCAUGGGUUGGAUGACACGGUUCUUAUCUGCUGUAGCUUUCUUGGCAAUUGGAGUACUUUUUUCUCCAGAAACUUUUGGUUCAAAAUCAGAUGGUCAACAUCCUCCAAAGCUCGCAACUUUUCUGAAAUUAGCUCAUCUCCUCUGCUUUUCCACUGCUUUUGGUGCUGCUCUAUGGGUCACUUUCAUCGGUGGUAUCAUCAUGUUCAAGAAUUUGCCAAGGCAUCAGUUUGGGAAUCUGCAAAGUAAAAUGUUUCCUGCAUACUUUUCCAUGGUGGGGGUAUGUUGUGCUGUGUCUGUGGGUUCUUUUGGGUACUUGCAUCCAUGGAAGACUGCCUCCGCUUCUGAGAAGUACCAACUUGGGUUCAUUCUUGCUGCAUUUGCUUUCAACCUCAGCAAUCUCUUUGUCUUUACUCCUAUGACCAUUCAGAUGAUGAAGGAAAGGCAUAAGAUAGAGAGGGAGGCGAACAUCGGGGAGGAAGUUGGAUGGACGAAGAACCAAGAAGUCGCAAAGGUUAAUCCAAAGCUUUCAGCAAUGAACAAGAAAUUCGGGAUGAUUCAUGGCCUAUCUUCCCUUGCUAACAUCUUCUCCUUCGGUUGCCUCGCUAUGCAUUCCUGGUACCUGGCUGGAAAAUUGGACCUCUAAAUUGUUUAGAGAUUCUAAAUUGCUCUAUAAAUUGUAUUAAUCCUUCUGCUACUUUCUAGUUUGGCAUCUAGUUUCUACCAUGGCUUGUGUAUUGUGUUAAAAUGUAACUUGACACCACCUAAGUAAGAAUAAAAAUACACACGUUACCAAGUU